AUGGGAUAUAAGAAUGAUACCUUCAGCAGUGACUUCACUCUUUUGGGAUUGUUCUCUUCUUCCCAUACAAGCCAGGUCUUCUUCUCCUUUACAUUUAUCCUUUCUAUUGUGACUGUAACAGAAAAUACACUCAUGAUCCUCCUUAUCUACAGGGAAUCAUGACUCCAUAAACCAAUGUAUUUCCUGCUCCGCCAUCUCUUUAUGGAUAUCUUGCAUAUUUCCAACAUUCUUCCCAAAAUGGUCACUGACUUUCUGUCAGGCAGCAGAUCUGUUUCAUUAGCAACUUGUGGCUUCCAGGUAUUUCUGUCCCUCACCCUCCUGGGUGGCAAGUGCCUUCUCCUGGCAGCGAUGUCCUAUGGUCGCUGUGUAGCCAUCUGCCACCCGCUGCACGAUCCGAUUCUUACCAACGAGUAUGUCAGCGUUCUCAUGGCCACAGCGUCCUGGCUGGCUGUGACCGUCAACUCCGUAGUUCACACAGCUUUUGCACUCCAUUUUCCCUUCUGUGGGUCUAGGGCCAUAGAUCACUUUUUCUGUGAAGUUCUCGCUAUGUUGAAAUUGUCCUGUGUAGAUUCAUCAUGCGGUGAAAGGGGAGUGUACGUAAGCAGCAUCAUUUGCCUGCUGAUCCCUUUCUGCAUGAUCUCUGCUUCUUAUGUCCAAAUUCUCCUCACAGUCCUCCCAAUGAAAUCAUCAGAGACACAAAAAAAGUCACUUUCUACCUGUUCCUUCCACAUGAUUGUGGUCGUAAUGUACUACAGGCCAUCUAGUUUCACAUAUAUGAGACCUAAAUCAUACCACAUUCCAGGUCAGGGUAAUUUCCUGGCAAUAUUCUAUACCAUUCUCCCAUCCACACUCAAUCCUAUCAUCUAUAGCUUUAGGAAUAAAGAUGUUCUGGUGGCAAUAAAAAAGUGUUCAAAUGAAUCUUCUGCUUCAAAAAAUGGAUAG